AAAGUAAAUAUCAAGUUGUUAGCAUUAAAGAAAACCCAUUCCAGAGAGCUAGAGAUGUAACAUUCAGGGGACCUUCUCCCUCCUUCACUCUUCCUGACUUUUCUCUUUCUUUUUCCUUUGUUCCUUUCUUUCCCCUCCUCUUCCUCAUUCUCUCUGUCUCUCCUUUCCUCCUUCCCUGUUCUCAGAUCCUCAGACAAGAGAAGCCUUCACUUCCUUGAGGUGGGUUCUGAAUUGCUGCUUUGGACCAGACCUUACUUAAACAGAGGUUCAGAGCUGUGAAGUACUCAGGACCAUCCUCUGGCCCUUUCCUCUGGAGCCUGAUGUCAGUGCACAGCCUGGAGCCGGGCUAGGCAGAGAGCAGGGAAGAUCACAGCGGAUGGCACCUCAGUCCUGUUGCACCCAUUCAUUACAGAAAAUGGGACAAAGCCAGCUGCUCGUCUUCAGCUUCCAUGGCUUCCUUUCUGGAGAGAUACUUGAUAAACCAUCAGAAGUUAAUGAUCAAAAAGCUUAUCAGGGUCUUUUCAUCUAUAAAUUUAUAAGACAAAAGAGAAAUAAUAAAGCCAUUGGAUAAUUAGUAACUAGCCAGGGCCCGCCCGGUGCCACUGGGCUCAAACUACCCCAAGACCUGUACGCAGACUCAGGAAGAUGAGAAGGAGACAAGGAUGAAGGGAAGAAAAAAGUGGAAGCAAGAGAGAGAACUGGCCAAGAAGAUAACAAAAUGGGAAGAACAGCAGCAGAGACCAAAGUGAGGAGAGAAGGGAAAUAUGUAAAAAGAAUAGGAAAGAGAUAAAGGCAAGAGAAGAGGCUAAAAGAUAUGACAGAGCUGGAAGUGGGGAAGAGAUGAAAGAGCCUUACUGGGCCGGAAAGAAGACUGAAUUAUUGGGAAUGCUUUCCACACCCAGGUGGUGGCUGCACCCAGUGCACCAGGUCCCCUCGCUGCUUUCAGUUAAAAAAGCUCAGGUGGAUACAGAAGACUCUCUUUGUAUGGCUAAAAAGAAGUAAUGAUGUGGAUACCACAUAAAAACAUUGAAUGACCUCACUGAAUGCUGCAAUUGGAUGCCAUGUGGAGAAUCCUUAGAUGAAUAUGGAAACCUUUCAAAUACAGAGGAGGGCAUAUUCCCUUGUGGAUUCCAGUCAAGUGUCUACCUUCCUGAUUUCUAUCCUCCUCAUAGUCUACGGCAGUUUCAGGUCUCUCAACAUGGACUUUGAAAAUCAAGACAAAGAGAAAGACAAUAGCAGCACAGCUGGGUCUUUUAACGGCAACAGCACCAAUAACAGUAAGGGUAUUCAAACCAUUGAUUCCACCCAGGCGUUGUUCCUGCCGAUUGGAGCGUCUGUGUCUCUCCUAGUUAUGUUCUUCUUCUUUGAUUCAGUUCAGGUUGUCUUCACAAUAUGCACAGCAGUCCUUGCCACAAUAGCUUUUGCUUUCCUUCUGCUCCCGAUGUGCCAGUACUUAACACGGCCUUGUUCACCUCAAAACAAGAUUUCCUUUGGCUGUUGUGGGCGUUUCACUGCUGCUGAGUUGCUCUCAUUCUCUCUGUCUGUGAUGCUUGUCCUUAUCUGGGUCCUAACUGGCCACUGGCUCCUUAUGGAUGCUCUGGCUAUGGGCCUGUGUGUUGCAAUGAUAGCCUUUGUUCGGCUGCCGAGCCUGAAGGUUUCCUGCUUGCUACUCUCUGGGUUACUAAUUUAUGAUGUCUUUUGGGUCUUUUUUUCUGCCUACAUUUUUAACAGCAAUGUUAUGGUGAAAGUGGCCACACAACCAGCUGAUAACCCCCUUGAUGUUUUAUCCCGGAAACUUCACCUGGGACCAAAUGUGGGUAGAGAUGUUCCCCGUCUGUCGCUGCCUGGUAAACUUGUAUUUCCAAGUUCCACAGGCAGCCACUUCUCUAUGCUAGGAAUUGGAGAUAUUGUGAUGCCAGGUCUUCUGCUGUGCUUUGUCCUGCGUUAUGAUAAUUACAAAAAGCAAGCCAACAGUGAUUCCUGUGGUGCCCCAGGACCAGGGAACAUCUCUGGACGGAUGCAGAAGGUCUCUUACUUUCACUGCACACUUAUUGGAUAUUUUGUAGGUCUAUUAACAGCAACAGUAGCUUCUCGUAUUCACCGGGCAGCCCAGCCUGCCCUACUCUAUUUGGUACCAUUUACUUUAUUGCCACUCCUCACCAUGGCCUAUUUAAAGGGUGACCUACGUCGCAUGUGGUCUGAGCCUUUCCACUCUAAGUCCAGCAGCUCCCGUUUCCUGGAAGUAUGAUGGAACAGAUAGAAAGUGACCUGAACUUCUGCCUUGGUCCUUUUCACUUUAACUUGUGGCUUUGUCGUCUCCUAAAGCUGGACUGGCUGGUACUUGGGAAGGUACCAGUUAUGGGACUUCUAUGAAAGGACUUAGUAUUAAAAGGAGGAAAAGGAAAAAAGCUAAGAUCUUGGAGCUCUGUGUGACUCCGUGUCUCCCUGCAGAUGUGGAAUUGGGGACCCUUUGUGCAACUGCAGUCACUUUCCUCUUUUCCUCACUCGGAUGGAUUAGUACCAGACUAUUACCUUUGUGAGAGAGGAAGAGACAGACUUGAAACUGAAAACGGCUUGAAGUCGUUCAAAAACUUAUGAACACUAAAAGAAUAAACGGUUAAGCAAACUGAAGCUUCUUCAGAGAACCCCUUGUGGACAUUGGGACCAGUUUCCUGCUGGACUUCAGUUUUGAAAAGAACUGAGACAGAAGGUCUUCUGUCACAAUAUUGGGUUUUUUUGAUUUAUUAAAUAUUUCCUGUGGUGUGAGGUUACUUAUUAAAUCCACAGACAUUGAGUGACUUCUUGCAGUAUACAUAUAAAAAUUUGUUGUAACAAGUUACAUUUCCACCCAGAUGUCAUGUUGCAGUGAAAAAGGGCACGAUUUUUAUACAUAUAUAUAUACACAUAUAUAGAUAUAUAUAUGAAUAAAUAAAAAAGGAAAACCUGCUAAGAUCAUGCUGUGUAGCAGACAGGGGCUUGCUGUAAUUUUUAGCAUGUAGAGCAGUUUACUAUGGCUUUCUUGUAUAUGGAUCUACAAUGAGCUGCUGUUUCCCCCCCCCUCCUACAACUGAACCUGCAGUUUAAAAAACAAGUCUAGUAUUUGUACUGAUUACACUCAUGGACUUCAGGGUUUGAUUUUGAUCAAUGUAGCAAACUAGGGAAGAAAAAAGUUCAAACCCAACCCUGUUUGUUUGAGGGGGGGGAGGGGGGUGUAUUUUCUUAUUUUUGUUGUUUUUUUCCUUUUUAAAAUUUUCUUUUUUUACAAACAGCUCCCUUGCAGGUUUUUAGUAGUUUCUUCUUGACCCAGUGCAUGUAUUAUAGCAGCAAUUGUCUUUGUGCUUUCUGAUCAUAGUAAUGUAUCACUUGUAAAUACAUUUUUUCUAUUUUCUA